AUGAGGAGGACAAGAAGCAGAGAUGAGAGUUGUGAUGAGACCAAACAAACAGAGGAAGAAGCAGGAAGAGGUGACCCAACUGGAGAAAAUUCGAGCAGAGGAUCAUGAGAGACAGCAUCUGGGUUUGGUGGACUAAGGCUUGAGGGGAUUGUUGGCAUGAUAGAAGAUUCUGACGGGGAAGGUGACAUUUCCCUUGAACCUGGAGUUGGGAACAGGGGAGAGGUAUCUGGAGAUAUGGCCGGAGGAGAAGCUGAGAAACUCGAUGGAGCUUCUGGCAAAAACGAAGGUGCAGCUGAUAUGAGUGAGAGAACGGUGAAGGCGGUGAACAGAGAGACCUUCAUGGUUACUGUAUGUGUCUCUGCUUCUCUGAGAAUGUUUGUGAGAGACCUUAAGGUGAAAAAAGAUGAGAAAUUGGAGAAGAAAAAGGUAUACAGCUAUAGAGGAGGAAGCAGUGAUUCACCGAUAUAUAUUACACAAGACAUUGCUGGAUUUCAUUUCAUAAAAAAUCAGACAUUGCAUAAUUUGUUGACUUUUGUCAAGAUUCUGGCAAUGCUUUUAGCGUACAUUCAUCUGCACACAAUGGUCAAGCAUUCUCAUGGCAAACUUUCUAUUAAACUCAAUCCCUAG